AUGCGGACUCAAAGACCUUCUCAGGCUGCGCCCAUCAGGCCUCUGCUUGCUGCUCUCAGCGUCGUGCUGCUCUCAACAACUUCAACAACGACCGCUUGGAGCACGAACUCGUCGCCGUCAGAUGUGACCGCCCUGUACUUCGAGGAAAAUCGCUCUUUUCGGGUGUAUCUCAUGCCCGAGGAAAUUUUGUACAAUAUUCUACUGCCAGGGUUCCAAUGCGAAAUCCUCGAAAAACAGGCCUAUAUCAAAGCAGUCACGAAAUCGAACCGAACGCGAGGAACACUCCUGCAAUGGAACGACAAGGAACCCCCCGAGAAGCAGGAGUUUUUCUUGAGAAUGAAUUGCAGUGAAAAUCCAGUCGACGAUGGUGAGGAUGUGCCUCCGACGACGCCAUCGACGCCUUUAACACGAGCCAGCCCAAAAUCCAGGCGGAGAGUUGUACGAGAUUCAGGAGGAACAGCUCCGACUGCAACUCCCGAGGAUUCUGAUCUCAAAGAAGAGCGUGAAACCACAACGACGCCGACAAACACACCGGAGCCUAACACCGGGCAGCGGGAGCAACAAGAGCCGGCAUCCACAGAGUCUCCGCCCUCAACCGCUGCAAUCUCCGGUCUCGAGUCAACGAUUCCGACGGCGGCUUCGACCGUGAUGUCAUCGACGACGACGACGACGCCUGCUACCGAAUCGAAGACGACACCCGUCGCUGAACCGUCGCCAGCCGAGGUGACAUCGCUAUCAUCGUCACCGCCGUCGACGACAACCACGAAAUCGACAACGACCACGACGAAAGCACCCCUUUCAACCGAAGCGACGACAGUUUCGAUGGAAUCGUCGGCGACAAACUCCGGAAUCAUGACUGAUAGCGUUGCCAACGAUUCGCUAGUCGAACGGAAGCCGGCCGAGGAAGAAGAACCGAUGUCAGCAACGGACGAUCCGCGCAAUCCGGAGAAGGGAUUUAGCUUAGUGAUCACACGAGUGUCGUUGGAUUUCGUUCAUGGACAGGAACUUGCUUCGCUCGAUGACGCUUUGAAUAUCACGAGGGAGAUAGAGUCUGCAAUGGCGAACAGGAAAAGGCUGACGGAAACCUUGACGAAGAGUUUUCCUAGCUCAUCAGAAGACCCUAAGCCGCCAUGUUUGCUGCUGCCCAAAGAAGUUCGCGUCGUUGAAACUCAAUACGUGCUCUUCUCACUGGGGCUCAACUCAACUAGUGGCGAGCUCAUCCGCGGAGGCAACAUGCUAAGAACCUGCGGCUAUGAAGACUGGCGACCCGGGAAAGAAUUUCUCGCGGAUGCAGCGCACGUUCGCUUCUUGGAUGCGAAACUGUUCCAGUUGCAGAUUCUGAGCGUCUCCCUAGCUGUAGCUGUCAUCGUAUUCGCCCUGCUAGCGGUGUUUCUUUGUACUAAGUGGAGGCUCGCUGUACGAGGAUCCCGUAGAGAAGCACAUCACGAGUUCUUCAUCAAGACCUUCAACACCAAGGAACACCAGUACGCCGCGAAUGGUGACGACUUCUACGGCUUCCCCACCAUUAGACGAGAUAGCACUUUUUACAGGAGCCCGAACAGCGUGAAUGCGCCGUCGAAUCAGACUGGCGGGAAUUCUUUCGUUAAUGGAGCCUUUCAAGACGGAGAAGAUCACCAAAAUCUUCCAGCACCGCCGCCAGAGCUCCGGACCUGUAUCAUAAACGACGCAAACUUCACAGAUGUUCCCUUGCACAACCUCGGAUCCGACUCCUUGAGAGCUCACCGAGGCGCCCACCGGCAUCAGUCGCCUCCGCCCCCUCCUCUUCGAACCGUGUCUUCGGGAUACCGAUCGGGCCAGAGCACACCGGCCGUCGAAUACCAUAACCCGCACGACGUGAUGAUCCUGCCGCCGAUACCGACGGAAGACUACUCGGAUUCGGACUCCGAAUCGGGACACGCCUCGUUGAAAACCGACGACGACAGUGCCGGAAGGGCCGUCGAGCGGAAGGGACGCUUCACUGUGCGCACCGCGCUCUAGGUCUUGCCCGAUUUUUGUGCUCGGUCGGUCGCCGCAAUGCACAUGUAUCUGAUCGUUUUUCCGUGCAUACGAGCGUCCGUCCAAUCUCUGAGAAGCCGAGAGCAUUAAGCGAGGACCAAGGUCAAAGAUUCCCCGAUCGAGCGGGCCCAGACCUCAUUUCGAAGAUAAGUCGCUACGAUCUAGUCUCCAGCCCCCGGCUGGAAAACCCCUUAUUAGGUAAAGCGCCGUUACCGCUGUUAUUGCUACAACUAUCCGCUCCCACUUCCCCCUCUCCUUCACCUCCUUUUACUUUCAAUGUACUGUUACCUAAGCAGCCGAAAAACGUGCGAGAGAGAGUGUAUUAAUAAAUGACGUUUCUUCUCCUGA